ACCCAAAACCCCUCUGCACAUUCCCCGCUUCCAUCUCCACCGCCACUCCGCCCAUUCCCCGCCAUGGCCUUGGCCAUGACCUCCUCGUCCCCGCAGCCACCGCCCCCCUCCCACCGCGGCCGCCGCCGCCCGCAACCCGCCGCGCCCACGCCCAAUGCCAACCCCAAGCCCAGACCCCGGGCCAAGGCCCUCCCCCUCCUCUCCGACGUCGGCGUCGGCCGCGACCCCGCCGCCAUCAAGUACUACGCCCGCGUCGCCUCCAACCUCGCGGGCGCAGGGCGCCUCCGCGACUUCCUCCUCGCCGCCGAGGGCCUCCGCGCGGCCGCGGGCGACGACCCCAGCUUCGCGGCGCGCAUCAGCGCCCGCCUUCUCUCGCGCGGCGUCGCCGCCGCGGUCCGCGAUCGCGGGCUGCCCCACGUGCUCGAGUUCCUCCGGGACGCCGAGCGCGUGCGCGUCCCCGCGGCCGAGAUGCUCGACGCCGACGCCUCCGACGCAGUCGCGGCCGCCUGCCGGAUGCUGCUGGAGGAGCGACGAAUGGCGGAGUACGUGGAGGUCGUCGAGGCGCUAGCCCGAUAUGGUUUCUAUGUUCAAGGCAUUGUGAAGCCGAUGGAUGUAUUGAAAAUAUUUGUCAAGAAGCGUGACCCAGAUAUGGCCAUAAGGUAUGCACGCAUAUUUCCUAAUUCCCAACUUUUACUCUGCAAUACCAUGGAAGCUUUUGGAAAACGAAAGGAGUUGAAAAAUGCUUUAACGGUCUUUGGAGCUCUGAAGGGUCAGCUUGGUGGCAUAAAUAUGUUUGCAUGCCGAAGUAUAAUAGAUAUAUGCGGCCACUGCGGCUCUUCUGUUCAGGCUCGAAUUAUAUUUGAGGGGCUGCUUGCUGAUAAGAUUACUCCAAAUACUUACGUCUUCAACAGCCUUAUGAACGUGAAUGCUCAUAGUUUGAGCUACAACCUAUCAGUCUACAAGCAUAUGCAAAAUCUUGGUGUGGCUCCUGAUUUGACUUCAUAUAAUAUUCUUCUGAAGACAUGCUGCAAUGCCAGAGAAUUCAACAUGGCUCAAGAAAUUUAUGAGGAAAUGAAGAAAAAGGAGCGAGAUGGUCUUUUAAAGUUAGAUGUUUUCACAUAUAGUACAAUGAUGAAGGUGUUUGCAGAUGCAAAAAUGUGGAAGAUGGCUUCCAACAUCAAAGAGGAUAUGCAAAGGGGUGGUGUUCGUCUUAACCUAGUAACUUGGUCAUCAUUAAUCAAUGCUUAUGCAAAUUCUGGUCUGGUUGAUCGUGCAAUAGAGAUCCUUGAAGAAAUGAUAAGGGAUGGCUGUCAACCUACUGCCCCAUGCUUCAAUAUUAUCCUUACUGCUUGUCUCAAGUCAUGCCAAUAUGAUAGAGCUUUCCGUUUAUUCUAUAGUUGGAAGAAGUCUGGUAUCAAGAUAUCUCUAUCUCCUGAACAGAAAAGAUAUCUUGAUGGUGCCUUUACAUUCUGUAAAGAGUAUCCAAGUAAUGACGGUACUAUAUUGGUGGUUCCAUUCAGGCCAACAGUUACAACAUAUAACAUCUUGAUGAAGGCCUGUGGUACUAAUGCUGAACGUGCGAAGUCUGUAAUGAACGAAAUGAGGCGGAGUGGCCUUUGUCCUGACCUUAUUAGCUGGUCUAUUCUCAUGGAUAUUUACGGAACAUCCCAAAACAGGGAUGGCGCUGUUCAGGCCCUCAGGAGAAUGCAGCGCGUUGGGAUAAAACUUAAUGUCUCUGCAUAUACUGUAGCUAUUAAGGCAUGUGUUGCAAACAAAGAUUUGAAGUUGGCACUGCACUUGUUUGAUGAAAUGAAAACGCACCAACUGAAGCCCAAUUUGGUGACGUACAAAACUCUCCUGACAGCACGUAGCAAUUAUGGAUCAUUACAAGAAGUCCAGCAGUGCUUAGCAAUCUAUCAGGAAAUGAGGAAAGCAGGGUAUCAAGCAAAUGACUACUAUCUCAAGGAAUUAAUAGUAGAAUGGUGUGAAGGGGUUCUGUCUAGUGGGAGUGCUAAUCGAGAUUUUUACAAUUUGGAUCUGCAACCUAAGAGGAAAGAAUCAUUCAACAUUUUUCUUGAGAAGGUCGUAACAGUCUUGCAAAAAGAUGUUGAUCAGAACCAAAUUGUUGAUGUUCGUGGCCUUUCGAAGGUUGAAGCUCGAAUUGUUGUUCUCUCUGUUCUUCGGAAGAUCAAAGAGCAAUACCUCCUAGGAAGAGCAGUCCUGGAUGAUGUGGUUAUCAUCACGGGUCAGGAGAAGACCUCAAGAGCUGAAGUUGAAACUAGUGCAGUCGAUGUUGAGCAUGCAAUAGUUACAGUUUUGACAGAUGACCUGGGCCUUGAAGUUUUGAUUGGACCUGGAAGCCUUCCUCCUGUUUCAGCAAAACUCAAUGCUCCGACUAAAUCUAGAAGCAAUUUAGAGCAAGUAUCAAAAAACUUUACAAGGAGACCACAGGGAAUGAUAAAAAUCACUUUCAACUCGCUGAAUCAUUGGUUGAAGAAGAAAGCAGUGAGGAUUGUACAGUGACAUUUCCUUGAAUUACCAUUUUGGCCCAUUCAUAUACAACCAAAAUUAGCAGUUACUCUAGGAUUGGAUGUACAUAUGAGAGCAGGUAUCCUGGUAUUCCAGGCACACACAACAUAAUUUGUAAAAGGACUUGUUGGCAGCCAAUGGAGUCUUUGACUCUUGCUCAGCAUUAGACUCUUGCCCAGAACAUUCAGAAUUUCAGAUACCUAAACAUCAUGGUUUCUAUUCUGUA